CUCUCUGGCAAGAAAUAAACAGGAAGCUCUGGGCAAAAGCGGGCGUGCGACAUGAAUCCACAACAAUCCGCAAGUAUCCGGAUCGGUACCGGUUUAAGCUACGCUAAACGGAUGGCUUUUGGGGAGGGCGAUUAAUGGCAGGAAGAUGAUAACAUUGCCAACAUAAGAUCACCGGUCGAUCGAUGCGCUCGGGUCAGUUGUCCGGUGCGAGCGGUUCGGGCUAGUGUGGUGUAGUGUGGCGUUGGUUUUUGUGCAGAAUUGUGGCAAGUUUUGUGAUAUGAUGGCAGCUACCAGUCGGUUGGGCCUCACCAUCCUUGCGGUGGUUUUAUUUGCCGCGAGUUCUGCAACCGCACUCCGUUGCUACACCUGCAACUCGUACGACAACUCGGAAUGCUUUUCACUGCCGUCCAACUUCACCGAGGAGGAGUACCGGGAUAAUCGCACCAUACCCGGACGGCUGCUGGUCGAAUGUCCAACGGACGCUCAGGGCCGUCCACCGCUCUGCAGAAAGAUGGACAUACUCGUACUCGGUGGCAGCUUACCGGAUCAUGUCCGAGUAGUGCGCGAGUGUGGCUAUGAACAUUCCCGCCGUCCCUGCUACAACCUGGAAAACGGUGGCCACGAGGAACUCGUUUGCCAUUGCAACACCGACGGCUGCAACGGAGGUUCGCCGCUUACGCUUUCGGGAGUGCUGCUUGCUUCCACCGGCCUGCUACUACGAUUGAUGCAUCGUUGAUGGUUGUCACGUCGCUGGUACUGUGUUCUUCUACCCCGCCGCUGCCGCCACUCACGCAGCUUCCGUUUUCAUUUGUGGUGGAAUAAAUUUGCACCACCACUACAUAUCUGCCAGAUUGGCGCUCGAUCCCGCAAGGCUGCAGAAUCUAAUUUGACUUUUCCUCUUCAUGGAUGGGACAAAACGGGACCGAAUAAGAAGAGAGUUGAGAAAAAAGCACACACACACACACACACACACAAAGCAACUCAUCAGCAAUUCAAAUCAUUUCUAACAGUCAUACAACCGCAACCGGAAGCAAUGGUUCUCAUUUCGCCAAUUCACUUUGUUUGUGCAGGGUAAUGGAUCGAUCUGUCCCCGAGAGAAAAAAAUGGCUUUAAAAAAAGGAAUACACACACACACCCGCGCACACCGUUAUGGUAGGUAA